AUGGACACCACAACCCUUCUCUCUGACAGUGGCUGCGACUUUCGGAUCGACAUGGCCCCUACAAUGAUGGCGAAUAGGGUGAAUAGUGCGGUGUGGGGGCGUGCUCAGGAUCCACUGGACGAGAUUGGGAUGCCCUGGACAGAGUACAUGAAUGCGAAAAACACAACCCAAGCAUAUAUCUAUGUUCCUGGAUUGUCAGAAUAUAAUCUUUACACAUAUAGUGGCCCCGGCAGUCCAUUCCUAAGAUACAACCGCUCUGCAAAUUGCGCUGAUAAGGACAUCAUUCAUCUAUCCACCCAGCUGGUCAGUACCGGCGAUGGGCGUGUAACAACUUUUCGCAGUAACUACUCGCAGAAGGCCUGGGAAUGCCAGCUAGAGGUUACCACUGCGGACAUCCCAGUCAAGUAUUCACUUUCUUCAAAAACCGGCUCCCAUGUUAUAUUUGAUCGCGAAGAGUUCACGAAGAAGCAAGUUCCGGUCGAUAAGACUAUUCUGAAUGAAGAGGAAGUACGGAGGCUUCUGCAUCACUCUAACUGGCUAUCCUAUCUUAACCCUGCACAUUACAAAACCGACCAUUCUGCGCUUCUACUCUCCGCUGGGUACCAGUACGAUUUCGGCUCGAUGAUUUCGGAUGACCAUAUUCCGCAAAAGGCCCAAGCUAUCAUGGAGAGUUUCCUCGCUGCCUUGAUACAAUCGUCUGUAGUGCUUCCGGAUGCUUCCGAACUGCAGACCGUUUUAGGAAACAGCGCGCUCGUGAGAACCCGCGUAGAGGUCUUCCAAGGGACGGGGAUAGCGCUGUCCGUACUCUAUGGUUUAUGCGCUCUCAUGCUUGCUGCACUUGCCUGGCAAUGUGGCGCAACUCAACGAUCGCUUAACCUAACGAGAAAUCCAUCUACUACAGAAGGCGUUACUGACCUCGUUGCCUCGGGACAAUGGAAUAGGGAGUCAUGGAAGACACUCUUCAUCGCAUCUACAGACGAGGCAAACACGUUGCUUCGGAACCUCACAUAUAGGACUAAUGAAAAGCUUCUAGAACACGACCAGAAUUCGAGUUUAGAGAAAUUCGAUGCAAGUCAUGCGUUGGAGACAAACAAAUCGGUGCACGACUGGAAGCCGACAACACUGCGCAUUCCUUCUCUCAUCAGCCUCGCUUUCUACUUGAUCUUGAUCACAAUAGCAAUCUCGAUACUCUAUGAUUACGCCACUGGGAAUCGUCUCUACCAGAACGUCUUCGUAGAUCAAGUAAAAUUUGGAGAAAUUGCAGGACAUGUAGCCAGGUUCACACCUUUUUCCAUUGUUCCGACCUUUCUGGCCGUGCUACUCGGGAUGUGGUGGGACGGUAUACAACAGAAGUUUUGCCAGCUACAGCCGUUCAUCGCUAUGACACAGCCUGAAGGCACGUCAUGGAAAGACGGCCCAGGCAUGCAUUAUAGUGCCACCAACUGGAUCAAGAGUUCCUCUCGCGCAAUUCUGAACAGACAUUGGCUGUUGUUCUUCGUCAUUGUUGGCAACGUCCUGUGCCAAAUCUUCGUGAUAACAGCUUCCGCAUUGUUCGCACGCGAGACGGGCUAUGUGUCAACGCAUACGCGAUUGAACACAACGACUGAACUUCGCCGUCUUCCUGUCAUUGCGGACGCUCGCAAUUCUUUUUCAUCGACCAGCGAUCCGCUUGCAGCUAAAUCCUGGUCUCAAACCAACGAGACGAGCUUGCUCUCCUCUGCCGAAUUGGAACGAGACAUCGAAAUCAAUGCCGAUUACAGCAUUUAUUGGGCAGAAGAUUCUAGCUGGUUAUAUAGUGCCACCACCGAGAUCGUCCAAGGAGCGGACGAGCCGGCGUGGAGCAUGAACGGAUGGGCCUUCACACCAGUCGAGUAUUCUGGCGUAGCGAAUAAUGAGACCAUGUCAAUUAUGACACAAGCUAUAAGAGCCCGCGCAGAUUGUAGCUCCACGUCUGGAAGCUAUCAGAUCUCUGACACAGAAUCAUGGCUUCUAACCUACGACCUUACCGACACAAACAUUUGGAAUACUUCUGCGAAUCCGCAAGGCAUUGAGAAGGGAUAUUGGAUUGGAAACUACACAUUAUAUGGCACGCCAUGGAACGAUGUUGCCGUCUGUGCGAGCGUUUCGGGCGCCGCAAUGAGCGGUGCGAUGUGGAACGACUACAGUGGCGACAUGCCGGGUAGGUUUCCCUACCGCUUCUCCAAUUGGCCAAUCAAUUUUACGGCGACCUGGAUAGAGGGCGCUGCUCAGUCUGAAUUCUUUCUACGCGAUAAUUUCACUCAAAACCUGACAACGUACGAUGAGAGGCUCUAUCCGGCAACCUGGUGUGGUGACACUCACCCGCGGCUCAAUCUUUCCAUCUUCAUCGAAGCACCAAGAUUUCAGUCAGUCAGUUGUCGACCAGUCAUCGAAAUCGCUAGCGCAAAAGCGACUGCUGCUCAGGAUGGUAGUAUCAGCGACUUUGAAUUAUUGGAAGACCCGCAACCUCUCCAUGACCCGUGGAGAGAUGUAUUCAUCAGUUAUACGCAUAACAGCAGCGAUGCGGGCCAGUCGCCAGACCCUACUCAGUUACAGCAUCGCAAUGUCACAUCGAGCUACGGUAUCUACUUCCUCUCAUCACUUCUCAAAGCACCCCAAAUUGGUUACGAAAUCUCGGAUGAUGAAACAAAUGUUUGGGGCUUCGACAUCAUGUACCCAAACGCCACGUCAAAUGGUGCUUCGUAUUUCAUUCGUGAAGGUGAUUCCGGCAAGGACUUGAUGUCCUAUUGCAUGUACUAUCUCGCCGACAAGAACAGCACUGCACUGUUGACGAACACAACAUUGUAUUCUGAAUUGGUGGACAAAACCAUCCGAACAUUCUUCGCGCACUUUGCUAGUGGGGAUGCGAACUCGACGACGCGACGAGCGUACCAGCGGGCAGGAGACAAGAUGCCUGAUCUAGGCAAGAAGGUCGUACUUGACGCGAAGACAAAAACGCUGAAACAAGAAGACCCGGAAACAUACCCGUUGUCAGACACGAACUCGACCGUGGAUGCGCAACUGAACAAAAGGGUUCAGCUAUUGAAGAUGAAUCCUGUCGCGACGUGGCUUUCAUUCGGUAUCCUGGUCUCCCUCCUGCUCAUCACCAUGGCUAUAGCAUUCCUGCACCGAAGAUUUCUAUCACCACUACAUCGCAACAUAGCGAGCAUGGCUGACGUCAUGCUUCUUGUUGCUGGGAGCGACCAUCUUCUUGCGCUAGUGAAGGAACGUGGUGUAGAGGCGCUGCGGCAGGACGAACACUUGCGUGUGAGGCUGGGCUGGUUCAAGAGCGAGACUGGAAAGCUGCGGUGGGGUAGUGAGGUGCUGGACAGUGGCAAUGUGAAUGUGGGGAGUGGUCAAGGCUUAGGAGUGGUGUGGGAAGAAGGGAAUGGAUCGAGGACGCAGAGCAAAUGGGAAAGGGUCAGGACAGGGCUAACCAAAUCCAGCAUUGGAAGGAAGAAGAUGGGAUAG